UGGUAGAUAUAUAAUAGACGCAACGAGGUGCAACGCAACGCACAACGAUUUCGAUGGUCUAUCAACAGCGCAUAAUACCUGUCUUUGUCGGUCCGAACGGUGCACAAUAAACAGAGACAAAAAUAUCAUACGAGUGCGCGCUGUUCAGAGACGCGCAUGACAUCGGAAGAAUUUCGAUAGUGAAAAAAACGCGAUGGAACGGUGGAGAGACAAGGUGGCGAUAGUUACUGGCGCCAGCGCUGGCAUCGGGGCGGCGAUCGCGGUCGAGUUGGCGAAGAAUGGCGUGCACGUUGUGGCGCUUGCCAGGAGAGAAAACGUACUUAAGGAAUUAGCCGAAACAAUAAAUGAUAAAGACUACGGGACUAUUUAUACAAAGGUAUGCGAUGUCACUAACGAGCAAGCUGUGAAAGACGUUUUUUCAUGGGUAGAUUCGACACUAGGAGGUCCCAGUAUUUUGAUUAACAAUGCGGGAAUUGCGAAAAUAUCAAGCCUCUUAAACGGAAAACUGGAGGAUUGGCAAGACACAAUUAAUCUCAAUGUUCUGGCGUUGAGCGUGUGUUCGAGAGAAGCUUAUAAAUCGAUGACAAAAAAUAAGAUCGACGGUCAUAUCAUUCAAAUAAAUAGUAUUGCUGGGCAUACUAUAACUCCGCAUUUUGGGUUCAAAAUGUAUAAUGCUUCAAAGUAUGCAGUCACAGUACUGUGCGAUGGUUUACGACACGAAUUACAAUUAAUGGGAUCAAAUAUCAAAGUUUCGAGUAUCAGUCCAGGACCAGUUGCUACAGAAAUGUUAAGAGAUGUCAGCAAAAUUAUCAGAGACAUAUCUACGGUGAACUACAAAAUGCUCAAAAUGGAAGACAUCGCAAAUGCCGUAAUCGCAUGUUUGGCAACGCCACCGAAUGUUCUUAUUGCUGAAAUGAUUGUCAUACCUACUGGAACACCAAUACAGGCUCAUUUAAAACCGAGUUCUCAAGUUGUGGAAAAUAUACUUAACUUAUAA